CUACCAAUUACUUCCUGCGUUGCUAUCUCGCUGCUACAGAAAUAAACCUCCUUGAUAGAGACAGCGGAGAGGGUGUCUACAUUGACUGUAAACGCCACAGCGGUUCAUGGAGGUCGUGUAGGUGAACAGGAGAUUUUUAGUUGAAUAAACACAGAACAAGCUAAAUAACCACUCAAAGAAAAAAAAAUUGUCAGCAUUAGUAGACUGUCAGGUCUCAGAGGGGGCUCGUCACCAGCUAGCCAAUGCUAGCUAACAUACAGGAAAACUGAAAGUGUCAGUUGGUCCGGCCAAGAAAACAGCCGAGAACAGUAAGUGUCAGGUGUACAACGAAGUGAACGGCUUUUGGAAAAAUAUAACAAACAAACAAGGUUUCAAAGAGCCGUUGAGAUCCUCCUCAUUAGUGUUAGAUAUUAUUUAGUCAUUCCUCAGCUUGGUGACGUUGAAGAGCGGUGAUGGACUUCGUUGCCGGAUGCAUCGGAGGUGCUGCCGGAGUCUUGGUUGGACACCCAUUCGACACAGUAAAGGUAAGGCUGCAGGUCCAGAGUGUUGAUAAGCCGCUGUACCGUGGGACCUUCCACUGUUUCCAGUCAAUUAUACGGCAGGAGUCGGUAUUUGGUUUGUAUAAAGGCAUUGGAUCCCCUAUGAUGGGCCUUACAUUUAUCAAUGCUAUAGUGUUUGGUGUUCAGGGAAACACCAUGCGUCUGCUGGGACAAGACACCCCCAUGAACCAGUUCUUUGCUGGUGCAGCAGCAGGUGCCAUCCAAUGUGUCAUCUGUUGCCCCAUGGAGCUGGCUAAAACCCGCAUGCAAAUGCAGGGUACUGGAGAGAAGAAGUCCUCUAAGAGGUUGUACAAGAACUCCCUGGACUGCUUGGCACGCAUCUACAACCGGGAGGGUCUGUGGGGGGUAAACAGAGGCAUGGUGACCACGCUUAUCCGUGAGACACCUGGCUUCGGAGUGUAUUUCCUGGCCUACGAUGUGCUGACACGCAGCCUUGGCUGUGAGCCCGACGAUCGUUACAUGAUUCCCAAACUGCUGUUUGCCGGGGGCAUGGCUGGCAUCGCCUCCUGGCUCUCCACCUACCCUGUGGAUGUGAUCAAAUCACGGCUCCAGGCUGAUGGGGUGGGUGGAGUCAACCAGUACAGCAGCAUCGCUGAUUGUGUGCGACAGAGUGUAAGGAGAGAGGGCUACAUGGUGUUCACACGAGGCCUCACCUCCACGCUGCUACGAGCCUUCCCUGUGAACGCAGCCACCUUUGCCACCGUCACCCUCGUCCUCAUGUACGCUCGAGGGGUGGAGGAAGGACCACAAGACUGUGAGCCGGCUCAGACAAGCCACCACGCACAGAUACAGCAGCAGGCCCAACCCUCCAGCCUGUGACAGCACAGAGGUCGCACCUUCAACCUGGGCACUUUACAAGAGCAUGGAAAGACAAAAUCUACAUACGAACCCUUUAUUACCGGCUGACUCACUUUGCAUCAGACCAGUCAUUCCCAGUUUUGAGUCAGAAAAUACCUGGUUUAUAUAAACGCUUAUUUUUGCUUUCAUCUUAAAAAGAAAACAAAGGAAAAAACAUAUAUUUAUUUUUAGUAAUAAUUUAAGUUGAAGUUUGCCUCUGAAGAUGCAAAGUUGUAAAGGGGAUGGUGUUACCUCUAAUAAGAUGAGGAAAAUUGAGAUGUGAAAGCUUUCUACAGCAGCUUUUAUGAAUAUUCUUUCCACUGAUUUAGACUGAGUCACAAAACUGACUGUGUGGCUGUGUAGUGUGUACAGUGUAGACACUGGAAGUAUCUCUAUUGAAUAUAUCUUUAAAUGUGCAGCGUUUAACUGCACCUGUGUAUAAUAUGGAUUUUAAAUAAUUUCUUUUUUAUGUUAUGUCAGAAACAAAUUUCCUGCCUUAUAAUAUGAAAACUUUUAUUUUGCGUAAGGAAGUUGAAUCACCUGUUUGUACCUGAACUGUAUCCUCUGAAGAGCCAUGGAAGCGAGAGAGAAGGAAUGUAGCAUGUGAUAAGGUGCAGACCUCAUCACUUUCGUCUGCUUCAAACCAAAAAACCAUUGGAGCUAUAAUCUGAUCUUCACUAAUGCACUAUUAGUCCAUAAAGCACUUGUUAAUCCCCAUCGUGGACAAAAAUCAGUCUGAAUGGCUCUUCAGGGACUAAAUGCAAAGUGUUUGUGUGUGAAUCAGGAUUGUAGGUGGCAUUAUGUGUAUGUCUUAUUUGGUUGUCUGUUUGGCAUGUUGUGUUUUAUCAAAUAAUGUGAAGUUUUAUCGUUGUGACUUUACUGCUGUAUUAAAGACCUAAUCCAGAAGUAGAACAAGGCGCUACAUGUGGUACCGUACUUGUCUCACAAUUUUAUUUUAUUGUUAAAUUGGAUUUUAUUUUGUUAAUGUUACAACUUAAUAUCAACUUUGAAUAUAUUUUAAUCAUAUAUGAUGCAGUGAUGAUUUUUCAGUUUAAAAUUGUUAAGGGGCCAACACAUGUCUCAGUACUUAUGAUGACCCUUAAUCUUUUAACUCCUCAAAUAUCAAUGUGUAACUGCAGCCAUUGUCCACCAGGGGCCACUAAAUAAUUUGAGGCAAAUCUGCGCAUUCACACUUUUUGGUAUUAUACAACUUGCAGUAUGAGGAAAAACUAACUCUUCAACAACAACAACAACAAAAGUUCUGUUUAAACAUUUGAUGUGUGAAAGUUUGAGUUGUUGAACACAAAUUCUUUGACAAAGCCUUUAAAUUUUCCUUACAGGAGGCAGAUUGUGACAGAAAUGUCCUCUAAAUAAAGUUAAUUUUACGAUAAUUUCUUACCUUGGGUCUCUGUUAAUUGAGACAAAACAUGAAUUACAGUUUGUGUAACUGUGGAAGAAUUUACAGUUAUUUCUUUCCAACCUUACUGAGAUGUUUAUUUUGUGUACCAAUAGUUGAUAUACUGCAUUUAACCAUCUGGAUUGGGGCUUUGAUGAGACUUAUUUAUUUGUCUAUUAGCUAAAUAAUGUACAGGUAUUAUUAAUGAGUGGGAAUUGUCUGCUUUCUGCAUGUGUGUGGUCAGUAUAACAUGAGUUUCUCUGUAUUUUAUGCUUGAAUGUUGAAUUCUGUUGAACUGUCAGAGUUUCUCUCCAGAAAAUACCCUGAUGUCAGUUUUCACAAGAGCAGCAAAUCAUCAGUUUGGUUGAUAAUCUGCUUUGUGUAAAGUUGUAAAACUAACAAUGAAUCAAGCUAUGGUUACUGCUGUCAUUUCCAUAUGAAGACUAAUCUUUGAAAGAUUGUUGGAGGUAAAGAGGUCACUGAUGCACUAAAACCUUUAGUAUGUUGAAUGUAACACACCUGUAUUCACUCACAGGUUUUUUUUGACAGAAACUCAGUCAAAAUUGGAGGAAUCCUAUUGUUUGAAUUGUUCAGUGCUGCUGAGACACUUGGAAAUCUCCAAGGUUGUAUUAUGAUUUUAUGGUGGGAGAUGAUGACAAAAAUGAGAGUGGAGAAAAACACCAAGGGAUGUAAAAUGUAUGUAAACGUUGCUUGUGUUUAAUCAUUAAUUCCACCUCUUAAGCAGCGACUGUUAUCUCUGGCUACAAGGUAUGUUACAUUUAAAUCUCUGUGUUGGCCAUUUAACUGCUACUAUUAAAUCCAGCUGAUGUGAAAGAUGCAAUAUGUACAGGAUGUUACUGUAUUACUGUAAGAUUGUUUUGAAGUGACUGCUAAUGUAAAUAUAUGUAUACAUAUAUAACAUAUUUUUGAGUCUGAAGUAGUUGUGUGUUUCCCUGAAUGUCUGAGUUUAACCAGUUUCUAAAGUCUCUAUUUGAUCAGUUUGAGUUGAGCUGCUACACUAAAGAGAUUUUAACUGAAAAACUGAGACAUGCUAUUUUUGUAACAUAGGCAUACAUAACCUAUUUGUCUAGAUUUGUCAUGGAAGAUCUGUACAGAUGGGUAAAUAAAAGUGAAUCAGCA